CAGUGUGGAAAGAGUUUUAACCGGAAAGAACACCUGAAAGGGCAUGAGAGAAUACACACAGGGGAGAAGCCUUUCCAAUGCUCCCAGUGUGGAAGUAUUUUUUCCCAGUUAGGACACCUGAAAGUGCAUGAGAUAAUACACACAGUGGAAAAGCCUCAUCACUGCUCCCAGUGUGGAAAGAGUUUUAACCGGAAAGAAUACCUGAAAGAGCAUGAGAGAAUACACACAGGGGAGAAGCCUUUCCAAUGCUCCCAGUGUGGAAAGAGUUUUACCCAGUUAGCGAGCCUGAAAAUACAUGAGAGAAUACACACAGGAGAGAAGCCUCAUCACUGCUCCCAGUGUGGAAAGAGUUUUAACCUGAAAGGACAACUGAAAGAGCAUGAGAGAAUACACACAGGGGAGAAGCCCUACCACUGCUCCCAAUGUGAAAAGAGUUUUGCCUGGUUAGCUAACCUGAGAAGACAUGAGAGGACCCAUACAGGAGAGAAGCCUCAUUACUGCUCCCAGUGUGGAAAUAGUUUUUACCAGUUAGGUCACCUGAGAAGACAUGAGAAUACACACAGGACAUAAGGAUGUAUGCUGGUGAACAGUAGGACAUAGGACAGAUUUAGGAUACUGAACAGUAGGACAUAGGACAGAUGUAGGAUACUGAACAG